UCAUCGGAUUCGUAUUCUAGUCUCUACAAAUUUUGCUCUAACCGGAAAGAGGUGGUUUUGAAUCGGAUCGGAUCGGAUCGGAUCGGCCCGGAUCGGAUAUAUUUGAAUCGGAAAAACGGCCAUGGCGGAAGACAAGUACAACCGGAAGAACCCAGCCGUGAAGCGAAUUCUUCAGGAGGUCAAGGAGAUGCAAUCCAAUCCCUCCGACGAUUUCAUGAGCCUCCCUCUCGAGGAGAAUAUAUUUGACUGGCAAUUUGCAAUUCGAGGCCCUCGGGAUACCGAAUUCGAGGGUGGCAUUUAUCAUGGGAGGAUUCAAUUGCCGGCGGAGUACCCAUUCAAGCCUCCUUCCUUCAUGUUGUUGACGCCUAAUGGUCGUUUUGAAACGCAAACCAAGAUUUGCUUAAGCAUAUCGAAUCAUCAUCCUGAGCACUGGCAGCCAUCGUGGAGCGUGCGGACUGCUUUAGUUGCUCUUAUUGCAUUCAUGCCCACCCACCCAAAUGGUGCAUUGGGUUCACUGGAAUACAAAAAGGAAGAAAGGCGUACUCUGGCUGUCAAAUCUCGUGAGACAGCCCCAAGAUUUGGAACUCCUGAACGUCAGAAGAUAAUUGAUGAGAUUCAUGAAUAUAUGCUAAGCAAGGCGCCACCUGUUCCUGAAAUAAACCCCUCACCGGCUUCAGAAGAGCAUUCUUCAAGCAGGGAAGGUGAGAUUGACGGGAGUUCACAAAAUGCUGGAGCCAGAGUCACUGGGGAAGAGCUCCCAAACCCAGCAGCAGAUGACAGGAUUGUUGAAGAAGUACAGGAAGCCCCCCUGAAUGCUAACCCCACCCCUGAAAUACCAAGGGUGUUGAAUGAAGCUCCUUCUGGUGGAUCAAGUCGGGUUGUACAAAGGCCAGAAAUGAAAGUUCAGAAACCAACUGAAGAUCGAUUGUUCACAUUGGCAGCUGUUGGACUUACCAUUGCCAUUUUGGUUCUUCUACUGAAGAAGUUUAUGAAAUCUAGCGGACAUGGUGCCGUGUUCAUGGACGAGUCUUAGACUUAGCGAUGAUUCCUACUGCCAAGGAAGCUAAAGAUGCCUCGACUUAUUGUUUAUUGUAGUGAAAAGACAUGUUUAAAAUUUUCCAUAUAUAUAAUAUAUUUGAAGAAUCUGUAAUCUAUUUGACAAUCUCAACUCUUAAAUGUACACAAUUGUAAGUAACAAUA